AUGGGUGUCAAGCAGAACUUGAAGUUAUGGGAAAACCACAUCACAUACAUCGACGAAAAUGGAGUCGAACAGUCGAGUAUUGCGAAGAGGACCAUUCCUAUCCCCCCUUGGAAGCUUGUUUGUCUUCUUUCAGGACGAGCCUGGAUGUUUUUCUUUGUUGGACUGGUGGCUUGGGUUGCCGAUGGAUACGAUUACAAUUCUGUCAAUCUCGUAGCCACAGAAUUGUCAAAGGCCUACGGCGAGGACCUGACCAACAUCACACUAUCUAUUACCCUGACGCUUAUCUGCCGUGCCUUUGGCGCCAUCAUCUUCGGCAUCUUAGCUGAUAUGUUUGGGCGUAAAUGGGUGAUGGCUCUGGACCUCUGGUUCCUCGCGGCGCUUCAAAUCGGUACUGCUUUGGUCAAAUCCUUUGGGCCCUUUGUCAUUUGCAGGACUAUAUUUGGGGUAUGCAUGGGCGGAAUCUACGGUCCAGCUGCCGCGAUAGCUAUGGAAAACAUGCCGGUGGAAGCCCGAGGACUGUUUUCGGGCAUCUUCCAGAACGGGUACGCCAUGGGAUACGUCCUUGCGGCCAUGGUCUCGAUCGUGGGUAUGCCGGACACAAUUCAUGGUUACAGAGUCGUCUUCUAUGCUGGAGCGGGUUUCACCGCCACCGUCGCCAUCAUCAUCAUGUGCAUCCCUGAGUCGGCCAUAUUCUCCACACAGCCCGAUGAGGGCAUCGAUGGGAUGACAACCGGAAUAAACCCUAGAAAGAGAAUCUCACUCUUUUGGCGGGACGCCACCCUCGUGGCUCGCCAAUACUGGAAGAUGUUUCUGUUCUGUGUUCUAUUUACAUCGAUUUACAACUGGAUGAUUCACGCCUGUCAGGAUAUCUUCCCGUCCUACUUGAAAGUUCAGAAGGGAUUCACACCGCGCCAAGCUAGCCUUGCUGCGAUCCUUGGUCAAUGUGGCGCCAUCAUCGGUGGCUCCACGGCAGGUUACUACUCUCAGUUCUUCGGAAGACGCCUGACAUCCAUUGUCUGUAUCAUCGUGGCCUGGGCGUUCAUUCCGCUCUUCACGCUUCCCAACGGUUACAGUGCAAUCAUGGCAGGGACAUUUUUCCUCUUGGUCUUUGUUAACGGGUCGUGGGGAAUCAUGCCCAUCUUGCUCAACGAGUAUAGCCCCCCACAAUUCCGCGCCGUGUUCCCUGGUACAGUUUAUCAAUUAGGCAACAUGUUCGCCGCCCCAGCCGCUCAAUCACAAACCGCGGCGGCCAGCGACUGGAUCAGAAAUGGGAAACCGAACUACAACCAAGUGAUGACCAUCUUCAUGUGCGUCCUGUUUGCCGCGGCGAUCAUAGUUUGUGCGUGUGGCCCUGAGAGAUUGGGCAGUCAUUUCGAGGUGAUCAAGCGCGCUGGUGCGAUCGAAAACAUACAAAAGGAGGAAAAGGAGCUCGGUUUGCGCGGCGACAUUGACCAUGACCUUGAGAUCGAGGACGACAUAAAGACAAAGAAUACCACGAUCGAGCAUGUCGAGACCUUCAAAUGA